AUGAACCUGGAGGGCGGUGGCAGCCGAGGCGGAGAGUUCGGCAUGAGCUCUGUGAGCUGUGGCAACGGGAAACUCCGCCAGUGGCUGAUCGACCAGAUCGACAGCGGCAAGUACCCAGGGCUGGUGUGGGAGAACGAGGAGAAGAGCAUCUUCCGCAUCCCCUGGAAGCACGCGGGCAAGCAGGACUACAACCGCGAGGAGGACGCCGCCCUCUUCAAGGCUUGGGCGCUAUUUAAAGGAAAAUUCCGAGAAGGCAUUGACAAGCCAGACCCUCCCACAUGGAAGACACGUUUACGAUGUGCUUUGAACAAGAGCAAUGACUUCGAGGAACUGGUUGAGAGGAGCCAGCUGGACAUCUCAGACCCCUACAAAGUAUACAGGAUUGUUCCCGAGGGAGCCAAAAAAGGAGCCAAGCAGCUCACCCUAGAGGACCCACAGAUGACCAUGAACCACCCCUAUGCCAUGCCGACUCCUUACACCUCACUCCCAGCUCAGCAGGUCCAUAACUACAUGAUGCCACCUCAUGACCGAAGCUGGAGGGAAUACGUCCCUGACCAGCCCCACCCUGACAUUCCUUAUCAAUGUCCUGUGACCUUUGGACCCCGAAGCCACCACUGGCAAGGCCCAGCUUGUGAAAAUGGUUGCCAGGUGACAGGAACCUUUUAUGCUUGUGCACCACCUGAGUCCCAGGCCCCUGGAAUCCCCAUAGAGCCAAGCAUAAGGUCUGCCGAAGCCUUGGCCCUCUCAGACUGCCGACUCCACAUCUGCUUGUAUUACCGGGAAGUCCUGGUGAAAGAGUUGACCACGGCCAGCCCUGAAGGCUGUCGGAUCUCCCAUGGGCACACCUAUGAUGCCAGUAACCUGGACCAAGUCCUCUUCCCCUACCCAGAGGACAAUGGUCAGAGGAAAAACAUCGAGAAACUGCUGAGUCACCUGGAAAGGGGUGUGGUCCUCUGGAUGGCCCCUGACGGGCUCUACGCCAAAAGACUAUGCCAGAGCAGGAUCUACUGGGAUGGACCCUUGGCAUUGUGCAGUGACCGGCCCAACAAACUGGAAAGAGACCAGACCUGCAAGCUGUUUGACACACAGCAGUUUUUAUCAGAACUGCAAGCAUUUGCUCACCAUGGCCGUCCGCUGCCAAGAUUCCAGGUAACUCUGUGCUUCGGGGAAGAGUUUCCGGAUCCCCAGAGACAAAGGAAACUUAUUACUGCUCACGUUGAACCUCUACUGGCCAGACAGCUCUAUUAUUUCGCUCAGCAAAACAGUGGACACUUCCUAAGGGGCUAUGAUUUACCUGAACAUAUGAGCAGUCCAGAGGAUUAUCACAGGUCCAUUCGCCACUCCUCCAUUCAAGAAUGAGAAACGUCCCGUGAUUCUGCUUCAUUGUAAAUAUCUGACUAUGACACCACAGCUGAUUGAACCCCCUUCAUAUUGUUUUGUUUUUGUUUUUUGAUGACAUUUGAGAAGAAUCUCAGCAGGAAUAUGUGUAGAAAAUCAGCUCCAUCUGAUUGACAGACAAGCUUAUUCCAAAAGAACGGAUGGUGGUCUUGAUGGUCUCCCGUAGAUUGCCAACAUUGGUGAUAACUGUGAAAUUAACCAAAGGGUGUGUUUACAUUCACUGAAAUGCUAUAUUUUAUUUGAUGUGGAUUAUUUCUUGAAGACUGAGAUAACUUAUGUUUCAGUGUUGACCACUAAUAGAGCG